ACGGUACCUUUUGCUCAGCUCACCUGAACCAGAGGACAGUUCAUGAUGAAACUGCUCGCUUACACCCUGUGUCUUUGCCUAGCCUUUACUCUGUCAUGGGCUCAGCCAAAGAAGCAUCAUCAUGCACAUGCUGCUCGUGACCGUUGUGAAGGCCUUGAGAUGGAUGCUGUUGCUGUGAACGAAGAGGGGAUUCCUUACUUUUUCAAGGGCGACCAUUUGUUCAAGGGCUUCCAUGGCAAGGCAGAGCUGUCUAAUGAGUCUUUUGCUGAGUUGGAUGACCAUCACCACCUGGGCCAUGUAGAUGCUGCUUUCCGUAUGCACUACGAGGAUGAUCCCACCCACCAUGACCGCAUGUUCUUCUUCCUGGACCACAAGGUGUUCAGCUACUACCAACACAAGCUGGAGGCUGGCUACCCUAAGAACAUCAGUGAAGUCUUCCCUGGAAUUCCCAACCACCUGGAUGCUGCCGUGGAGUGUCCAAAGCCAGAGUGUGAUGAAGACUCUGUCAUCUUCUUCAAGGGAGACGACAUUUACCACUACACAGUCAAAACUAAGGCUGUAGACGAGAAAGAGUUUAAGUCCAUGCCAAACUGCACAUCUGCUUUCCGUUUCAUGGAACACUACUACUGCUUCCAAGGACACAUGUUCUCCAAGUUUGACCCCAAGACUGGUGAGGUGCAUGGCAAAUAUCCCAAAGAGGCACGCGACUACUUCAUGAGGUGCUCCAAGUUCAGUGAAAGUAGCGACCAUGUGGAGAGAGAGCGCUGCAGCCGUGUGCACCUGGAUGCCAUCACAUCUGAUGAUGCUGGAAACAUAUAUGCCUUCAGAGGCCACCAUUUCAUCCGUAAAGACGAGGGCAGUGACGAACUGAAGGCUGACACCAUCGAGAAGGCCUUUAAAAAAGUGCACAGUGAGGUUGAUACUGUUUUCACUUAUCAGGAUCAUCUCUACAUUAUCAAGGAUGACCAAUUAUUUGUUUACAAAGUUGGUGAGCCACACACCCUCCUGAACGGUUACCCCAAGCCUGCAGAAAAAGAGCUGGGCAUUAAAGGCCCCUUUGAUGCUGCAUUUGUCUGCAAGGACAUCGCUCACAUCAUUAAAGGUCAGCAAAUGUACGACGUGGAUAUGAAGGCAAGCCCACGUGUUGCAAGCAAUCCACUACCAGUUCCCCUUUUCAAGAAGGUGGAUGCUGCUAAAGAGAAUUCUCAACAUUCCUUUGCCGAACUACUUUUCCACACCCUAUCCUAUCACUUCUCUCCUCCGCUCUCCUGUAUGUCUAACCUUCCACCCCCUCCACCUCCUCCACAGUGUCUUGUGGACUGUGUUGUGCAGAGCUGUCAGUCCCUGGCUGGGCCUGCCAAGCAGCGCAUCCCGGUCAGAGGGGAGGCCAGGGCAAAUGGUCGGGGCGUCGUUGUGGGUCCAGCCGACCUCCCACCACUGAGCAGCGGACCCCCUCAACAGAUUGAGCCUCCAGCUGGCCGGCACGGGGCCCGCCAUGGUAAAAUUCUCACCCUGUCUUUAUUAGCUACAUUUGCAGAGGGAACUUUCCUGCCUGCUAAGGUCCACUGGGGCCCCAGGCACCAGCUCAGAGGCCUCCAGGGGCCAGAGGAGCCAGGCUGCACACUGUCGGUCUGCAGUCUGUUCUCCAGUUGUGACAGCGAACACAUCCUUAUGAUGACAAUUAGUGGCUGUUAG